GCAGCAGUGGGGCCUGCCGUACAUAAGAGCCCCCUUCCCGACGGGGCUCAGUGGGGAUGAUGAUGAUGUUGAUGUGCCUGCUCGCUGCGCUCUGCGGCUUCCUCACGCUCAGGCUGUGGCGACGACGGCCUAGAGGCCCCCCUGGUCCACCAGCCAUACCCUACUUCGGCCAGGCCUUCAGGCUAUUGUCCAUUGCGGAAAGAGAUAUUUUGCCCCUGUUUAAAGAAUGGUUCGACACAUACGGCAGCGUUGUGCAGGUGGAGAUGCUUGGGAACGUUUAUGUUUUACUUUCAGAACCUGAGUCUUUAGAGCCAGUGCUGAGCAGCUCAGUUCACAUCUCGAAAGGAUACUGGGAAUAUCUCUUCUUCAGGCCUUGGUUGAACGAUGGUCUUCUUUUAUCGACUGGCGAUAAAUGGCGCCUUCGGAGGAAACUCCUGACACCCAGCUUCCACUUCAAGAUCUUGGAAAGUUUUUUAGGAGGGAUAUCGAAGAACUCGGAGACAUAUGUCGAAUCUAUAUUGGAAAGCGGAGGCAAACCUCUUGACAUUCAGGAACCUAUUCGUAUGGCCACACUCAAGAUAAUAUGUGAAACAGCAAUGGGGGUAACAUUGAGUACUGACAAUGAAGAACAGAAUGCAUUCAUUACAGCAAUAAAGGAUGCUUCUGAAGGGAUAGUAUUAAGAUAUCUCACGUUUUGGCUUUACUCAGACUUCAUUUAUCGCCGUUCUGAGUUUGGCAAGAAGUUCUACAACAGUAUCGACACGCUUCAAUCCUUUUCAAAAAAGGUCAUACGAAGGAGGAAGCAGUUAUAUCAAUCAGAAAAAUCGGAUGUUGGUGAAGGAAAUAAAAGUCGAAGAAAAGCAUUCCUAGAUCUACUUCUGGAAGUGGAAGAUUCCAAUCCAGGUUUAUUUACCGAGGCCGAUAUACAAGAAGAAGUGGAUACGUUUAUGUUUGAGGGUCACGAUACUGUGUCAGCUGCGAUCAUCUUCUCACAUUUUUUGCUUGCCAACCAUCCGAAUGUACAGGAAAAGGCUUUUAAAGAACAAGAUGGCAUAUUCGGUAAUGACGACAGACCAGCCAGUAUGCAGGACUUGCAGAGGAUGACCUACUUGGAAAUGGUCAUUAAGGAGACACUUAGGCUCUACCCCAGCGUCCCCUUCCACUCGAGGAAACUAUAUCAAGACCUCAGGAUAGAUGACAACACUGUGGUACCUGCCGGCCAAUCAGUUGGCAUCCUCACCUUUUACAUCCACCGAUCUACAAGGCAUUGGGAUGACCCAGAACUUUUCAUCCCGGAGAGGUUCGAUCCAGAAAUCAGCAGACAUCCGUUUUCUUACAUCCCGUUUUCGGCUGGACCCAGAAACUGUAUAGGACAGAAAUUAGCUAUGAUGGAGAUAAAGACACUGCUGUCAACAGUACUAAGGAACUGCAUUCUGGAACCUGUUACCAAAUCCGUGGAUCCUGUGGCCUCUGUCAUCAUCCGCAAUCUGGAUCCGAUAAUUUUGAAAGUCGUUCCGCGGCCUCGAGCUGCCUAGUUGUAACUUGUUAUUUUUUAAAUAAAAUCUACUCAAAUAUUCAUUUAUUG